AUGCCACGCCAACGCGCCAAGUCCACCGCCUCCAGCACGACAUCCACCGUUCGCGGUAACAACAGCAUCCGCGAUGCCGACCAUGGCCAGGAGAUGGGCUCCAUGUACGACUACCUCGCCAAAAUUAUCCUGCUCGGUCCAUCAGGAUGCGGCAAGUCAUGUCUGCUACACCGCUUCGUCAAAGGCGACUGGCGCGUAUUGUCUUCGCAAACCAUAGGCGUCGAGUUCGCUUCCAAGAUUGUAAAAGUGGGAAGCCCUGGACAGCAACGAAGGAGGAUCAAACUUCAGCUCUGGGAUACAGCAGGGACGGAGCGCUUUAGAUCUGUGAGCAGGAGCUAUUACCGUGGCGCGGCCGGUGCGAUUCUGGUUUACGACAUCUGCAAUCAGAGGACGUUUGCUGAUUUGGGGACUUUUCUGGGCGAUGCGCGAGCGCUGGCGAGUCCGCAGAUGAGCGUGGUAUGCGUGGGAAAUAAAGUGGAUUUGGUGGACCCACAGACUUCGAACCUGGCGAAGGAACAGCAGCGAGGUGAGAAUCUAAUGGAUGACGAUAUGGACAGUAUCAUGGGGAGUCUACCCAGAGGACCGACUCUUGGCUCACAGUUGCACGCAACCAUGCCGACACAGGGCAGGGCUGUGAGUGAAGGUCUAGCUACGAGCUGGGCAAGUCAAAAUCGGAUUUCUGCAGCGAUGGAGGUCUCUGCUCUAUCAGGGGAGGGUGUUGAGGAAGUCUUCAACAAGCUUGCUAGAAUAAUUCUCACCAAGAUUGAGCUUGGAGAAGUUGAUCCUGGCGACCCCAUGAGUGGAAUCCAGUAUGGAGAUUCCAACUACUAUGAGGAUGGCACGAGCAGCAUUAAGAGUGCCGGCGGACUGACCAGUGAUGGCUAUGGAGGAUCGACCAGGCGGAGAAGAGGGCGGAAGAGUGGUUGGGGAUCAGUGUUUAGGGUGGACAGACCCGGGAGCAGCAGUGGCGGAGGAGGGAAGUGUUGCUAA